GGUGAAGAACAAUGCCUAAAUGAAGGAUCGGAGGUCUUCUGGAUGGCCCGGGUCGGUUCGAGUGGGUGCCAGAGCAUGGUAUAGUGCGAAAUUAAGCAGGGGGAGAAAGUACCGGGGUGGCAGCUGGUGGCACCCAUCUGCCAUGAACAGACUGAUGCCUGGCAAGAGUGACAGCAUUGACUGAUGACAGUCGUUUAGAGCCUUUGCAGCAGCACAACAACACCCAGAUUAAUUGCACAACAGACGGGUGGCUAGACUUGCUACGCAUGACCGUAGACAACGCUUUGUAGCCAGAGAUAUGUCAGCGCUACGAUCCUUUCACCUAUCAAGCAUUAGCGUGCACCGAGGGGUCGAGUUAUAAUACCGACUAAAUUCGAUCCACGGGAUACAACAAGCGAGGGAAUCUUGGACGCGCCGUGUAACAUGUUUGUGGACAUGGUGAUGGUUCAAAAUAAGGAUAUGCCUGCCAUAAGCGAGUGAGCUCGACACUCUUUCGUCAUUAACGCGUUGACGCCUGUGCAGAACGCCUUGGAAGGAGUCGUGUGUGCACUAGACCACGAAUUCCGAUUUUUUUUGAGUUGAUGUUAUAAUUAUCUGUUCAUCAGAGGCCCCUCACCUCCCUUCUCUCUUUAAAACUACUCUUUUGACAUCCUGCAACACAUCCCCCAGCGAGGGACAAAAUAGCGCGCGAUGUUUACUACAAGUACAACGGUGAUGGUAAGGUCCUUGGCGACCAGCGUGAGACGGGCGAGCACUGCUGCGGCAGCCGCAGACAAAGAUAAAUACAGGGUCGUGGUUGUCGGCGCUGGGGCCGGAGGGUUAUCUGUUGCGAACCAGAUAUACAAUCGGUUCAAAACUUCGGGCAAGCCGUUGAACGAGGGUGAUAUUGCAAUCCUCGACGCUGCCGAGUUCCACUACUACCAGCCCGGAUGGACGCUCGUUGGGUCGGGCCUUAUUCCCAAGAGCCAGACUCGCCGCCAAUUGGCGUCACUUAUUCCACAACACCUUGCACAUAUCCCUGAGAAUGUCAAGAGUUUCUCCCCGGAUUCGUCUUCGGUCACCACCACAUCUGGGAGGAAAAUCUCAUAUGACUCUCUCGUCGUUGCAACGGGCCUCAAGAUUAAUUGGGAUACUAUAUCUGGUCUUCCCAAGGCACUCGCUGAUCCGUCCUCGGGCGUAUCGUCCAUCUACUCGUAUGAUACUUGUGACAAGGUUUGGUACGAUAUCGAUGCUCUCAGGUCCGGAAAGGCCAUCUUCACACAGCCAGCGGGCGUUAUAAAAUGUGCUGGCGCUCCGCAAAAGAUUAUGUGGAUGGCUUGGGAUCGUUAUCAGAAGACCAACCGGGGCGAUAACAUCAAAAUUGACUUUUAUACUGGCAUGCCUACUAUGUUCAGUGUGAAGAAAUAUUCGGACGCUUUAGAGAAACUCCGUGUGGAACGUGGUAUUGGAGGACAUUUCCAACACAAUCUUAUUUCCAUUGAUUCUGCCAAUCGCAAGGCUACUUUCAAGAAACCCGAUGGCUCGACCGUAGAUGUGGAUUACACCCUUUUGCAUGUUACCCCACCUCAGGGCGCACCAGAGGUUAUCAAAAACUCGCCGCUUGCGGAUGAGGCGGGCUAUGUCGCCGUAGACAAGGAGACCUUGAGGCAUGUUAAGCCAGAGUAUGGGAACGUGUUCGCGCUAGGCGAUUGUUCAAGUCUCCCCACGAGCAAGACCGCGGCCGCUAUCACUGCGCAAGCACCAGUCCUGACUGAGAACUUGUUCUCCGUCCUGGACACGGGUAACGUGUCUGGUGCUAAGUAUGACGGAUACACGAGUUGCCCGCUCUUGACGGGCUACGGGCAAUUGAUGCUUGCCGAGUUCAAGUACGGCGGAGAACCUAAGGAGACGUUCGCUCCCUACUUUGGUGACCAAGCCAUCCCGAGGCGUCUUUACUAUCACCUGAAGAAGGACCUGUUCCCCUGGUCAUAUUGGAACCUCAUGCUUGGUGGUAACUGGUUUGGUAGCAAGGGUCUUUUCCGACCCAAGUUCCCUAAGCAGUAAAAGUGUAUAUGUGACACAUUAUAGUUGGAAAUGUACAACUAAUUUAUCGUCAACUACUGAAUGCCCGCGAUGUCGAACAGCUUUAAGUCGGCAACCUCAUUUGGCCGUGCACGUGAUUUUGUGGGCUUGUGUUGUUGAUCGGCCGGCUUUCGCGCCGCGUGGGA